AGAGGAGAGAAAGAAUUGAGGCCUGGAGGGCUCAGCGUAAAAAGGAACAGGAAGAAAAACAGCAAGCAGAAAAACAACAACAAGAAACAAAAAGUGAUGAUCAGCAAAAGAAAAAAAAAGCCUGGAGCCUAGAAGAUGAUGAUGACGAUGAUGAAGAGGAGGACGAGGUGACAGGAGGAAUUAAGGAAGAGGCAGAGGAUGAAGAUGAUGAAGAUAAAAAGAAGUCCUUUGGCGUUGCAGACAAAAAAGAACCUGCAAGUGUCGCAAAUGGAAAAAUCAAAGAAGAACCACCAGAAGAUGAUGAUGUGGAUCCCUUGGAUGCAUUCAUGGCUGAUGUUAGUAAAGAGGUGAAGAAAAUCAAUGCUGUGGAUCAAAAGAAAAAAGUUGGAAAAACUGGAAAGGCAACAGUUAUAACUCAUGUUGUAACCAAACCAAAGAAAAGGGAUCCAACUAAAGGAGAAUUAAUGGAAAAUGAUCAAGAUGCACUGGAGUAUUCCUCCGAAGAAGAAAAAGAGGACGAAACCAUAGAGUCAACCUAUGCGCACUUUAAAACCAAGAAAAAGAAGGAUCUACAGGCCGUUGAUCAUGAUAAAGUGUAUUACUCGUCAUUCAGAAAGGAUUUUUACGUCGAAGUUCCCGAACUUGCAAAACUGACCCAAGAAGAGGUAGAUGAAUACCGUGCAAAGCUAGAAAACAUCAGAGUUCGUGGUAAAGAUUGUCCAAAACCUGUAAAAACAUGGGCCCAGUCGGGAGUGAGCCUGAAAAUUCUUGACGUUCUUAAAAAGAAUGGCUAUGAGAAACCCACACCGAUUCAAGCUCAAGCGAUACCCGUUAUUAUGAGUGGGAGAGAUAUGAUCGGAAUUGCUAAAACAGGAGGUGGGAAGACAUUAGCGUUUCUUCUGCCAAUGUACCGCCAUGUUCUUGAUCAGCCUGAACUUGAUAGAGAGGAUGGACCGAUAGGCAUAAUUAUGACUCCAACAAGAGAACUGGCUCUUCAAAUUUUCCGGGAGUGUAAGAAGUUCUGCAAACCUCUUAAUCUUCGAGCUGUCUGUGUGUACGGUGGCACAGGAAUCAGCGAGCAGAUUGCAGAGCUCAAACGUGGAGCAGAAAUCAUUGUUUGCACUCCGGGCAGGAUGAUAGACAUGUUGACAGCGAAUAAUGGUCGGGUGACAAAUUGUCGACGUUGCACGUAUUUAGUUCUGGAUGAAGCCGACAGAAUGUUUGACAUGGGAUUUGAACCUCAGGUGAUGAGAAUUAUCGAUUGUAUCAGACCAGACAAGCAGACGGUUAUGUUUUCCGCAACUUUCCCUCGUCAGAUGGAAACUCUAGCCCGAAAGAUCCUCACAAAACCAAUCGAGAUACAAGUUGGCGGCCGAAGUGUUGUUUGCUCAGAUGUUACACAACAUGUGAUUGUUAUUGAUGAAGACGACAAAUUCUUAAAACUACUUGAGUUGCUCGGCAUUUACCAAGAAGACGGUAGCGUUUUGGUGUUUGUAGAAAAACAAGAAAACGCCGACGUGUUGUUUAAAGAUUUACUGAGAAGGUCCUAUCCAUGUCUGUCUCUUCAUGGAGGCAUGGACCAGUUUGAUCGUGAUAGUACAAUCGCUGACUUCAAAAAUGGCGUCUGUAACUUAAUGAUUGCAACUUCUGUGGCAGCGAGAGGCCUGGAUGUGAAACAGCUGAUCUUAGUUGUGAAUUAUGACUGUCCGAAUCAUUAUGAAGAUUAUGUUCAUCGAUGUGGGCGCACUGGUCGUGCUGGGAGGAAAGGAACCUCUUAUACGUUUGUUACUCCUGAACAAGGACGACAUGCGGGGGACGUCGUGAAGGCUUUAGAACUGUCCGGCACAGAAGUUCCGGAAGACCUUCGGAAACUUUGGAACGACUAUACAGAGGAGAGAAAGGCGGAAGGAAAGAAUGUAGUUAAAAACAGCGGCUUCACUGGAAAAGGAUUCAAAUUUAACGCGGAAGAAGAUGCUAAAGUUAACGAGGCGAAGAAGAUACAGAAAUGGGCUCUUGGUCUUCAAGACUCGGAUGAUGAAGCGGAAGCCGAAGAGAAAGCUGUAGAAGAAAUUGACAAACAGUUGGAUGCAGUAUUCAGUAAAGGCAAACCUCACAUCAAAAAAGCAGCUCCUGAGGCAAAAGGGGAACAGAUCAAAGGCGAGCAGCAAGCAAAACUUAACCUGGCCACAAGUAUUGCCGCCAAAAUAAACCAGAAGAUCAUCGCCGGAACAAACAAUAUGGACCCGACUCAGCAAGCUGCCAGUCAGAUUAUCAAAGGAGGAACCGUUACCGCUCUUACUGGCCUGGGUCUAGCAAAGCAACUCGCCGAAAAGAUUCAUGGGAAGAUCGGCUACGAAGCUCCAGUGGAGGAGGUGAAACAAGAUGAGAAGAAGACAGAGGAGGAACAGAGGUACGAAGAUGAAGUGGAGAUCAACGACUUUCCUCAAACAGCUCGAUGGAAAGUCACUUCUAAGGAAACAAUUAUGAACAUCACCGAGGUUUCUGAGGCAGCCAUUACUGUGCGUGGAACCUUCUUCCCUCCAGGGAAAGAACCGAAACUAGAAGGCGAAAGGAAAAUCUAUUUAUAUAUUGAGGGUCCUUCUGAACGUUCAAUCUAUCUGGCAAAACUGGAAAUAAAACGAGUCGUUAAAGAAGAAAUGAUCAGAUUGGGUUCUUUCCGUGGUCCUCAGUCUACUGGAAGAUACAAAGUUCUCUGAGAGGAAAGUUGUGCGCUUGAUCAUACUCGCUUUUAUUCACCGAUACCUCCAGUUAUCUACUGGGCGUGUCUCGCUUUCUAAUUCUAGGCUGUCUUCUCAAGUUGAAGAAAAUUUUUGUAGUCACACAUCACCACUGGCACUUCUUUGACGGGCUUCUUGACGGCUAGUGAACAAUUUUUUCAAGUUCGUUGCUUCCAAUCUGUUAGAAUCUCUCCAUCUUCGGCCACCUGCGUUCCUUCUUGUUUAAAUAUCGUGUCUUGUGUUCCCCUUUUUCCAGCAACCGUUUUGAUAUAAUUUAGCCCCUUUCAACCCAAACGUAGUUUCUCACGUUGCAAAAUAGCCCAAAUUUCACGACAAGCUCUAUAAAAAGAGUAAACCAUUUGAAGGAGAUAAAAGUUUGUUUUUUAGAAUCGAAAGAACAGACAUACGCUUGCUCAGACAACUGACCAUAUUUUAAAUAGAUUAGAUUUUGUUUUUGUGCGCUACACGUAAAAUCAUCCCAGUUAUCAUUGUAGCAUUUUGUAAGUCAGCCAAAGAUCUGCAAUCAAGCCAGAAGGAAAUCUUGUUUCUUUCUGUCAUAGUGAAGCUAUUCAAUGAUUAUCAACUGUCCUUGAGAGAGCGCUUUUUUAUUAAGAAUCGUGAAACCAAAACCAAAGUUAUUAAAACGCACAGUCAGAGCGAAAGUUAUUUUUUAAAUAACCAGUGAGAACUUCUCUGAGUGAAAACAAGCGAACUGCUUAUAGCGCGGGAAAACGUCAAUACCUCGCCGCUGCUGGCCCUGUGAUAACUUGCAUCUGAUUGGCUGAGUCGGUAUCAAAAGUUUUCUGGACCAAUCACAGAGCGAAACAAAGCAAAGCCAAUGCAAUCCCGGAUUACUUUCCACACUUAGUUGGAAAUGUCUGUUAAACCCUACUUUCUUAACAAAGUACUUACAAGUUGUAAUCGCACUCUGUGGUUUGUAAACAAUAAAAGUAAGUUAUUGCAGCCAGGA